AUGAGUGCAAGCGACACGGUUGCGCAGCGGCUCGACGCUAUGUCGGAGCAGAUUGACGCGGAGACGUCCCGAAAACUGGAGCUCCAGCGUCGAACCAAGGAUCGGCAAGAGCGUGCAACUGUGGAGCAGGUGCUCGAUAGACGCACAAGGGCGUACCUGGCGAAGCUCUUUCGCCAGGGCGCUCUGCUUGCAGUGCACGGCUGCAUCGCCACAGGUAAGGAAGCGAACGUCUACUUUGGUCGAUCGCAUCCACCGAAUGAACCUGAAUCUGUCGUCGUCAGCGCAGCAAUCAAGGUAUAUAAGACCUCAAUUUUAAUCUUUCGGGAUCGAGAAAAGUACAUCGCGGGAGAGCGCCGCUUUCGUUACGGCUAUGGGAAGCCAAGAAACCCCAGGAAAAUGGUCAAACUGUGGGCGGAGAAGGAGUUUCGAAACCUAUCACGUCUUUGCCGUGCAAACAUUCCAUGUCCAUCACCGUUCUAUAUUCGUGGCCAUGUGCUUGUGAUGCAGUUCAUCGGCGAUGAAGAGGGAACACCCGCUCCGCGUCUCCAAGAGGUGCGAGCUCGGCGGCGAGCACCGAGUUUAUCGGCAGAGGGUGCAUCCCGGGGCGAGGAAGGCGUCAGCUCGGCCCCGGAGACGAUGACGGAAGCUGCCACAACGCCGGCCGAGUCACUUUAUGAACAAACCGUGAUCAAUAUGCGCCGUAUGUACCAAAAAGCACGUCUCGUGCAUGGUGACCUCAGUAGUUUUAAUAUUCUACUUUGGCAAGGUCGAAUCUAUUUCGUGGAUGUCUCGCAGAGCAUGGAGCAAGAUCAUCCGUUGGCCCUCGAUUUCCUUCGUCGAGACUGCCAGAAUAUCACAGCCUUUUUCCAGGCCGAGAUGGGCAACGCAGAAGCGAACGAGGGCAUGAUACUAUUGAGCGUUCGCAACCUCUUUGAGUACAUCGUGGAUGUCUGGGAUGACGUGGAUGAUAUUGCACUUUUGCAGAAAUAUCAGACGAGGCAAGAGGAACAGAGGAGGCGACGCGUCAGCCGCAGUGCGCAGCAUGCGGACGACGAGCUCCUCUCAGAUGACUCCACGGACGCCCUGGUAUUCCAGUCCGUUCGAAUUCCUCGUCGACUCGAUGAAGUCGAUGAAGAGCAACUGGACAGGAUCUACUACGAUCGGCUGUUGCGACUGGCGUCUUCUUCAUCAUCGAGUAGCUACUCGAGUUCGGCGAGCGACAGCUACACAGGUGCCUCAUCGGCUUUGAGUGCAGAGGUCGCUCGUUCGGAUGACAAGUCCGACCAUGAGGUAUCGUCGACAGCCUCCUUGCGCCACGCAAUAACAGUCCUUGAUGGAGACGGUGAUGUCUCCACGAAUGACGGGUCGAUCGAGGGAGAUGCUGCGCCUGCCGUUUUCGACAGACAGUGCCGGCGUUCUACCUCUCGACAGAGCGGGAAUUCGAGUGCUUCCACGGAAGCCGCCUCGAUCAGACAAGUUUCAGCGCAAGCCAUGGCAUCAGACACAAGGUCUCCGCUGCGUUAUCCGGAGCACCUCGAUGCGGUGUCGAGCGCCCGGUCCGCUUCUGGGCAUGAGCCUGGGACGCCUUCGACGCCACAACACCCCUGCAAAGUUCCAUACAGUGCUGCGCCUGCAGGCAGCGAGCAGCGCGUGGUACCCGUCGCCGCGCCGCACAACCACAGUGCCACGGAGGAUAGCGAUACCAUCGUGCGGUCGACGAGCAAGUCCGCGGAAACUCCAGAGGCAGCGUCGGUCGAACGUGUGCAUCUGCGCUGUGCUCGAAAAGCUUGGAAGAAACAAGUGAAAGAGCAGAAUCGCAUUCGGCGACAGAACAAGAUACCGAAACACGUGAAACGUCAAGCGGUACACCGGCCUGGACGUUUACGGCGGUAUCUGGCGGCACGAGAGACCGCUGCUCGAACUCAGCAAGCGUCGUCUGGAGAGUGCUAG